AUCCGCCAUCGCUGGCCCAACUUCCUCUUCAACCAUCUUCUCUCGCGCGUAUUCUGGCGCGUUGAGCUCGGCAGGAGCGCCGCUUCUCAGUCAUGGCCUCUAAUCGAGAGGAGCGGCAGCAAAUGCGGCAGCGCGGAGCAGCGUUACGCAAGACUAAGGCGAUCGACUUUGGGUUUUCCUUUGGCUUACCUUCUGCGUCCGACGAAUCUCAAUCCGCGUCGCGACCAGCCGAUGUUGGUAUUUCUCUCGGACCUCCUGCACCAUCCACGACGACCACAGCGACAACAGAACCCGAAACUACGCAACCUUCUAUCGCCUCACCAGAGAGAAAGCUGUCGUCCUCCCAGGACGGGCCCAUUCGUCGAACACCAGGAAGCGCGCGCAACAAACUCCCCCCACGCCCAUCACCUUUUGACAUACCUACGGAAGAGCCGCCGGAAGUCGGGCCUAGUCGCAAGAUAAGGAAACUCGAUCAUCCUAGGAGGACAUCGACAAUAUCACUUGGCGCGCGGGAUGAAGGGAGCUCACAACCACACCAAAAUGGCGUCGUGCCAAGUGCAACGGCUCAAUUGCCCGAGGAACCGACGGUCACGCCUGUGCUGAACGGCGGUGCUACAGGCAAGGAACAACCCCAAGUACCUUCAACUACACCUGUUGUACCAGAGAACCCUGUACCAGUACAGGCAAGCGAGCCAGCAGAGCCUCUAGUGCCUGAUGCAACGACGACACCGCCGGAGAUUCAACCAGAACCUCAAGCAAAAGCAACGCCUUCACCAGGACAGAGGGCAAGGGGCAAGCGCAAAAGACGAACAUCCCGGGACAGCGAGACUUCUUCAUGUGGCUCUCCUCAGGAUGCUGUUAGCCCGAAGGUACCGGAAGUGGAUGACGAGCAAUUAUCAGAGCCGAUGGACAUUUCACCGGAUGGGAAAUCGGAUGCAGCAGGGUCACCGACCUCUGCUGCGCGUGAUUCUACUGAGCGUCAAGAUGGCACUGUACUCCAGGACGUUACUGGGUCUACACCUUCUGAAAUCCAAGUCACUUCGGACGUGCAAAUAACCAGUGAAGAGCAGGCCACUGCUGCACAGGAAAUCAGCACCCAACCGCAGGUUGCUAGUGAGCCUGAAAUUACAGAACCUCAAAUGGCUUCUGAGCCCGAAGUUGCUAUUGAUCUCCAAGAGGCCGAACCGCAAGCUGUUACCGAAGAACCUGCUACUGAACCGCAAGAGGCCGCCGAAUCUCAAGAUGUUAUCGAACCCCAAGAGACCACCGAGCCCAAGCAAGCAGCUGCCCCCCACUCCAGGAGAGCACAGACGAAAUCUCCAACACCUCCAAGAGCCAAGCGAACGAGGGGCCAACGUGCGGCAUCCGCUCAACCACCCUCAACCGCCAAGCAGUCUAGGGUGGCUAGAGCCGGUUCAGUAGAAAGUGCUCCAGCUCAGGUCAGGGAAAGCAAGAGGCUCCGCAGAGGAAUCGGGAAGGGCCAGGAGCCUACGCCUGAUAUUCCUACGAUAGAAGAAGAGCCAGGUGUUGAACCUGGCGAGGCUGAUGUUCCCUCUGAGCCGAGAGAUGACAUCGCGAGUCGCAAGGGAACUCGCCAAUCACGGUUGCCGAGACCUACGCUGGCUAGGAAGAAUUCGACACGCGCUGGACGCCCUGGAAGAAAGCCGACACGAUCCCGGGAUACUCAAAAGGAAACAUCUCAGCCCGAGAAAGAGGUGCAGCAGCAGGAAGAGCAAGCUCAGCCUGAGCCUGAGCCUGAGCCAGAGUCGGUACUGAAACCAGAAUCAGUACCAGCACCAGUACCGGAGCCAGAAGCAGAAGCAGAAGCAGAAGAAGAAGCAGAAGCCGAACUGGAGCCCGAGCCUAUACCCGAGCCCGAAACAGAACCGCAACCAGAGCCUCCAGCAGAGCCUGGGCCAUCUAGACCUACCAAACGUGGCCGUGGCAGGCAACCGCUAGCAAAGAAGAAAGAUGAUACAACGCAGGCUCCGAUUGAAGAACCCACAGUGCAAGCCGAGCCCACUGAGGAGGUACAGCCCAAAAAAGGCAAGCCCAGACAACCCCGCGGGGAAACAGUCCCAGUAACUGUCCAUCGAUUUGCGAACGCUGCUGCACUCGGAGACGCCCCGGAAUUGGAGGGAUCAUCCGACGAAGAAGAGCCAGCCGACGAAGCCGCGACGAAACAAAAGGCCAAGCUUGUGAGCCGUGGCGGCGUCAAUGCCGCCGAUGUGCUUAGCCAGAUUUGCCGUGAGACUCUAGAGAAGACACUAACGACGCUCAAAAACGGGAUCGCAAACGAAGGCAACGCCGCCCGGCGUGCAGAAUGGACCCGCAAGAAGAAGGCCGUUGAGGCCUACGGCACAGAACUCGAGGGCCGUCUCUUUGAACUAAGUGAGAUGCUCGACAGUAAUUUUGCCCUUGGACGCCAGGUCAAGAAAUCGAAGCGGGAGAUGAUGGAUCUGCGCAGUCGACUCUACCAAGUCCGGAAAGAAAGAGAGGCUGUGGCAUUGCAAAUGGAUGCCGUCCGGAGGAAGCACACGGAGGAAGAGAACGCCAAAAUAGCCCGGUCAACCAUUAACAACUCCCUCCAUAGUCUCGACCUCGCGCUCGAGCGCAGCCGCAACCGCCCCAUUGACGAAUCCACUUCAAAAACCCCCGACUCCUCCACAGUCGGGCUAGAGUUCCUCCUCCGCAAUGUUGCAGAGAACGUGAGCUCCGUCGCCCCGGGAGCUCAAGGUGGUCUGCUCCAUCAGAUCCGAUCUUUCAACGCACAGCUAGAGGCCACAGCCCGACGACUUGAAAGUUGACCUGACCGACUACUUCAUCCUUUUUGCUAGUUACGUCAUUCUAAACUUGCUUUUCGAAUAAAUACCCAGCGGCAUUGUCGUUUAAGGAGUGAGGUUUUUGCUGGUAGUUGGAUAAUGGAUUGAUGGAUACUUUGUAUUGCCUACGAGACAAUUGGAUAUACUUGCUCAGAUUGCACCACCCACUAACUACUUUAGUAGCAUUUAGUCAGCAUCCCAUACAGCCACUCCAACAAGCAUACUGUGUAAGUAAAUCAAUCCUAAAGAACAGUCAUGACAUCAUUCCACACCACAAAAACAGCACCACCACCACCACCACCAACAACAACAAUAAC